AUGGAGGCCGUAUUCGCUUUAGGUUCAAACGGCUCUGGUCAACUCGGUAUUGGCCACAAAGAGGACGUUUCAGUACCAAAGCAGGUCCUUUUCCAUCCUGAAGAGCCAGCCUCCCCAAUUAUACAAGUUGCGGCUGGUGGAAACCACACACUGCUCCUCACAAAAACUGGCCAACUCUACGGGAGUGGUGACCCUACACCCGGGGCUUGCGGUUUGAAGACUGGUCCAGAUGCAGCUGUUUUUCGAGAGCUUCAACUUACCAAGAGUGGAGAACCUUCAAUUGGAGAAAUUGCCUUGAUCACAGCGACCUGGGAAGCAUCUAUCAUUGUAGCCAAAGAUGCAGAUGGCAAGAACAACCGAGUCUUCAGUUUUGGUGCAGGCUUGAAAGGCGAGCUGGGCCUGGGUGAACUCAUCGUUCGGACGCCGUCAGCAUCGCAGAUCAGAGACUUUCCUCCUCCGGGAACACAAGUUGUUGAUUUGGCUGCUUGUAUGGGCCAUGCUAUCGCAGUUCUUGACAAUGGCGAGGCCUACGGCUGGGGUAAUGGGAGAAAGGCCCAAGCUGGCGAGCCGGGCCAGGUCCUACACGCACCACGGAAGAUUGAGGGCAUCGACUUCAAGAUUGCACGAGCUGUUUGUGGUAGAGAGUUUACUUGUCUAUUCGGCGACCCACGAAGUGGAAACAUCAAAGUCCUGGGUUCCGAUAAAUGGGAAAUUCAAUCGAGCGCGCCCACGACAUGUCCAGAGUGGAAGGACGUAGGAGCUAGUUGGGGAAACGUCUUUAUCCUGGCGAAAGACGGUUCUCUACAAGGCUGGGGCCGAGACGACCACGGACAACUACCUCCACCAAACCUACCAGAAUUGAACAAGAUCGCGAUUGGUAGCGAACAUGUCGUUGCUCUUUCUGCUGCGGGCGAUGUUCUUACAUGGGGAUGGGGUGAGCACGGAAAUUGUGGACCUCAGGUUGAGAACAACGACGUCAAAGGUCGAUGGAAUGUCAUUGCUUCGUCCAAAUUUAUUCCUCCAGGCUCCAAGAUAGGAGAAAUCGGGGCAGGUUGUGCCACCAGUUGGGUAUUUAUUACAGCUGAGUAA